AUGUCUCAACCAAAGCAAGAUGAGGAACCAAAGGAAAAAAUUGAUCCAAAUCGAAUAAUCGAGCUGAAUAAAAAAAUCGCAGAACUUAAAAAGAAAAUUCAAUUAGCAGAGGGGCAACAAAAAGCGCAUACCGAAGAAUGGGAAACGCAAAAGAAAACGUAUACCGAAAAAAUUUCCGAACUGAAGAAGGACAUCAAAGAUUUGACGGGGAAGCUCGAGUAUGUCCAUAAUCCGUCAAAAAAAACGGCGCCCAAGAAAAAAUCUGCGGUUCCGCGGAAGAUUCAGUUGCCCGUUGGAGCAAAAUCUGCCGAGCAAGGAGUUCAAAUUUUGGAUUUGAAGAUAAUCGACUUAAAGAAACAAAUCGACAUGAUUAGUUCGCGUUACCAAAAGCGUCAAGAGUACUUUGACAAACUCGUCGAGGAGUACCAAACACUUUUGUCGUAUAAAAAUAACCGCAGUGGCAACGUCGUGCCUCCCGAGACGCUCGAAGAGGACAGCACCCGCAAACAAAUCACGCACUUGGAAAACGAAAUUCACCGAACCUCCGUGCAAUGGAUGGAAGCGGAGCACAUUCGAAAAAAAUAUCGCGGCAUCAAGGCUUCGCUCAUGAACGACUCGGAAAAAUUCGAAAGUUCCUUGCUCGAGUUGGAGCAGGCGAUCAUGGAGCAACAAGCGGAAAUUAACAAACUCGAAGCGAUUCACAAGGAGGCCAUGUCGAUGCGCGACACCACGAAAUACAUUUUGCAACGUCAAGAAAUGGCGAGCAAUUGCAGCAAUCGGGCACGCGAUCGUCAAGCUAUCGACUUCCGGCGCCGCGUCGAAGACCGGAAACUCGAACUGGAGAAGUUGGAACGCAAAAUUUUCAGCACUGGCAAGCAAGCGGUGGUGCAUCAGGACAGCGUGAAUAGCGAUUCGGGCGAAAAAGCGGACGAUCCCAUUGCAAAAACGAAAGACGAGACCAGCAAGAUGCAAGAUGUCUUCAAAAAAUUGAUGCAUGCGACGGGGGUUUCGUCCCCCAAUGAGAUUGUUGAUCGAUUUUUGGCGCAAAAAGAGGCCUUGCAACGCUUGAACUACUUGCGCACCGUCACGGAGAACGAAAAGAAGCAACUUCAGUCGCAACGAGAGGUAAUGAGUGCUGAAUUGGAUGAAUUUAAGUUCGCUGACACGGGCGAAAGUGACGUCAACCAAGAGGAACUCGAACGUUUGAAGAAGGAAAUUGAAGAUCACAUCAUUCGUCGUGAUGCCUGCACAAAAUCGCGUGAUACAACACAAACAGUCAUCGAUACCAUACGUGAUGCCUUGAUCGAACUCCUCCUAAAACUGCAAGAAAUUGACGAAAAUGUCGAAUUAGCGAUAAAAAGAAAGCCUCCGCCAGUUGCUGACUUACCAGAUAUCAUCUCGGGCACCGCUUCAAAUGAGCAACUUGUCGCAGCGCUCGAAGAAAAAAUUAAACUUGGCAUGAUAACAGCCGGGCAACUCGCCAAUGACAUCGACAGUGGCAUGGAAGAGGAAGUUUUGUCAGAAUCGGCGGCAAAACAGGAAAUUAUUGUAACGGCAGCGAAAGAUCAGCCGUCGGAGGAUAAGGAAAAAGCUCCGAAUUAUCCGCCGAUUUAUGGAAAUUUGAUCACGCGAACCACGGGGCAGAUGUCGAGUGCGUCGCCGGGACAAACAACGGCAGCGGCAAUGUUUGUUAAUUCUGAUGAUGAAGGCGAUGUACCGUCUCGAGUGUUUAUUAAGAGACAAGCUCAGCAAAUUGUCGAGUCGAAAUCACGUCGCAAGGGACUCCGUAUGCAGCUUCCUAAAAGACGUUAAAUUUAG